UAAUACUAAAAUAAAAAUUUUAUAUUUAAAACAUUUGUAAUAAUAUCUAAUGCAUUUAUAAAAUGAAAAAAAUAUCUGCAUGAACGUGGGGGUUAAAAUCUAGUUUGGCUAUAAGUUAGAAGUCUAAAGCUCUUGCAGUUUUUUAGAAGGGUGAGCACUCUCUGAUCAUAUACUAUAGUGUUACUUAAAAUAUGGUUGUGAAUAUCAGUUAUAAUUGUAUCUGCAUAAAUUUAUAAUUCAUCACCCAACUUUUGUUUUGGUUAUAUUAUGCAAAAUAGCACAUAUUCUAACAUAUAUCCUAUAUACAUAAUUACCACCACACACUAACUACUCUUUCAUAUGAUCUCGUGAUUCCAUUGCUAAAUAUACUCAUAGAAAAGUUAAUAUGUCAUUAUAAUAUAUAUCUACUCUCUUUUUUGAAACACUAUCAUAUAUCUACUUAAAAACCAAUCUCUGUUAUAUUAUUAUUAUUACUGUUAUUUGUGAUUCAAAUGUCACUAUCAAAAAAUCAUACAAAGUAUCUUAUAUUUUGAACAUUCUUACUUAUGUAUAUUUUUUCUUCCAUACAAUUUAUUUAUAUAUGUUUUUAUUAAACUAUAAUCACAACAUUGAGAUAAGUAAGACUCCAAAACAGUUUAGCGUUCAUAUCUUCUACCACAAUUAUGUUGUUCUAUAUAGAUUUCAGAUUUCUUAGCUAAAUUUAGUAUAUUCUCAUUGAGUUGAAAUAUACGUUGGUAUAACUAUAUCUUCACUAAAAUUUACGAAAAUCUUGCUAAACUAAACCUAAUCAAUCUAUAAGGAGACUUAUACCAAUUGAUUGCACUGAAAAUAACUUGGUGCCUUCAAUAAAAUCCAUUAAAAUUAAAUACCACCGAUACUACAUCUUAUUCUGCUUCCGAUAACUAAAAAUGGCUGAGUUUUUCGCUAUCUACAUACGCGAGAUGUGGAGCCCUUCAAUAUAAGAAAGGACUAAGCAUUUUCCUAGUCACAAGAGUAUAUAGGUAUGAAGUAUCACAAAUGUCAAGGAUGACAUUACAAUAACACGAAACUAAUGAGAAAAAUUAUCAUCCUGGGGGAAAAACAUUUGUGCUGUGUUUUUUUCACGAAUAGCAAAGAUCUUUCCACAUAUGAAAUCAAAAUCGAGAAAACAUAUCAUAUUCUUGGAAGAAAUGCACAUCACAAUCCCAAGAUAACACGAUCAAAAAUAUCAAAAGUUUUGUUUUAUCAAAAACGAGCUAUUGACUGAUAUUCAUGUUUGUUUUCAGUGAUAUCGCUAGAUCAAUAAUCCUGAGAGGUAUUCAAGUGUCAGAUCAAUACAUAAAUUGGCUGGAAGCUUGUAGCUUCAUUCAUAUAUCUUCACAGUGGAAAUAGAGAAUCUGCAUAAUAGUUAAAAUCUUGCAAAGAAAUCGUGUCUUCAAUUAUAUGGUUUCUUCUUUCUCAAAUUUUAGUCCUUGUACUGUGUCAAUCAUCAAUAGAAACUUUAACAGAGGUCACAUUUUCCUUUUGAAACCAUAUCACCAACAUAAAGUUUUUCUGCUUCAACAUUCUUCUAAAACUAAAUGGAUAAUAAUGCAACAUUAGCCUAAAACGAAAUGAGAUUGAUCAGAUCAUUAAGAUUUUGGAAUUUAUUGAUACGAUAUUGUUUUUUCUUGUGUCAUGAGUUUGGGCCGUCUGGAUGUGUUUACAGGUCAAUGGACUCAGGGCGUACACGCCCAACUUUUUUGUAUGUAUCUGUUUGUCAGCCUCAAGCAUGCUAAUCUUUUGUGUCUCAUUCCAAUCUCUUAAAAUGACCCCCCGAAAAGUGCUCUUAUAACAAUAAUAUGAAUUAGGAUUACUCACACAUAGUUUAAUUAAGAUGAUCAUUAAGUGGCCUUUUGCAAACCAAUAGACAAGUAAGUAUAUGCUUGAAAAAUAAGAUUAGGCUACCUAAUACGUCCAUUAAAGUACUUAAUACACUAGAUCAUAAAUUGGUUAAAUUAACCUAACAAAAUUCUAAACAAUCCCUCUACUUUUUGUCAGUAAUCGAUAUAUGGACCUGGUGCUUAUCCCAACACAAAAGUGCCUCCUAAAGGUUAAAUAUAUUGGAUCGUUUGUGUCAUCUAAAUUGGAUUUGUGACGGAUGAUGUACGCUUAGGGACAAAAGGUUAUUUAAUUCAUAGUUCAAAAGACUUACGUCAGAAAGUGUCGUAAAAGUUGUUUAUUAAACCAUGAAACUCUUCGACUAACGCAAUCUACAUGAAAAAGGAAGACGAGGUUAAAGUGUCAAUAUCAGUGUUUUUUUUUCUUAAAAAAAUUAUGAAUGCUACUAUACCAUAAAAAUCUCUAACUAAUUAAUAACUUAUUUCAUGGUAUAACAAAAGCGUUUAUAUUUCUAUUUUCAAAAUGUUUUUCUUUCUUUUUUUCAGUUAUCUUGCCAAAAUAAUAUACUUCAACUUGCAUUUUAAUUAGUAUAAUUUCGGGAAUUCGUCAGCCACGAGAAAAGUUCAACAUGCCAAAGUUAUAUUACUCAAUUAAAGUGUAUAAAUUAAUACGACAAAACGAAAAAACCUAAUUUUGUAGUUUUACACGAUUAAAGAAAGAAACUAAACAUAUAUAUAAUUAAGAGAGAAACAAAAGGGUAAUGAUGUCUGACGCUUAUCCGCCUAAGACCUAAAACAUGUGACACAAUGAACUCUUCGUCGACUUCAACUCCAUUUACUCAUCUACGACAAAUUUUAAAUUUACUUAAUUGAUAAUCUAAGCAUAUGAAAGAAAAGCUUUCGUUGUUGCUUAGAAGAAGAAUUUAUGCACUUCCAACAAGAAAAAGAAUUUAUAGCUCUAAUAUAUAUACACACAUAUAUGUAUGCUAACUUGCUAAGAAAUCAAUGCACCUAAAAAUGAUUAAGUUGGUGUACUAUAUCAGGCAUUGACUAAUUUUUAUAUGCGGUCGCUGGUAUUGUGUGAAUAUAUUUGUACACCAAAAAGUGACUAUAUUUAAUUUAAUAUCUAGAAGUAGAACGAAAUCUGAUUUGAUAUGUUAUUAUUGCCAUUUUAUGAUUUUAUUGAUAGUUGUUUUAUUAUCUAAGAGGAUUUCACAUUUUUCUACACACAUAUAUACAUUCCUGUUGACUAAUUACUAUUAAUUAAUACAAUUCAAAAUCGAUAGAGCAACUUCUCAAGCUACCUAGAACCCCAUCUAUAUCAGUCUAGUUAAAUUAUGAAUGUCUUAUUUUUAUUAUAUUCCAAAGAUUGUUGCCAGGAUUUCACAUUAAACAUGUGGAGGAAGACCUCGUCAUCGAUAUACACAUUUUUUUACAAAAAAAAAAAAGAUAUACACAUAUAUAUAUAGCAGUUCACACAUCAAUGUACACAAGAUAAAACAAUAUAAAUAUAACUCGAGAUAACACGUAUAAUUAAAAAAAAAUUAAGAUUCAAACAUAUAAUGGGACCAACUUUCUUCUAAAACACGUGGAAACUUAAUGUGAUAAGAACUAAAUUACUUUGAACAUUGAAUAAUUACAUAAACUAGUAGACAAUCAUUAAGUUGACUUACACUAAUCACAAACGAAUAAGGUAAAUAACUUCCGCGCAAAUCGUCCUAGUAUAUAUACAACCCCAAGUUUCAGCCCAUGUCGACCAAAUCAAAUCAGACAAAAAAAAAAAAAAUUGUCUCGAUAUAUAUCGAUAUAUAUUAUAUGCAAAUAUUCCGACGACCUUGCGAGACAAAAGCUUGGCAGAACCGAAUCCGUCCAGCGGAAACUAUGGUGAAGAUUCAUCCCGACCGGAAAACCCUCGCCACCGGAGAAGAAACAAGCUCGCCGUACUUGACGACGGAGAAAGAGAGUUUCACGAUUUGGAUGAAGUCGUUGGUGUUCAAUACAAACGGCUGCACCGUCUUCGAUUCAAAGGGAAAUAUAAUUUAUCGUGUCGAUAAUUAUAAUUCUAAGAGCUGCCGUGAAGUUUACCUAAUGGAUUUACACGGUCGUGUCUUGUUGACCUUACGUAGACAGAAGUUUGGAUUAUUCAAAACCUGGGAAGGAUACAGAUCACCGACGGGCACAGCUGAAUCAGCAACAAACUUAGACUAUUUUCGAGUGAAAAAUAAUAUGUUUAAGAUUCAUAGUAAAGAUUCAUCUUCUUCGUAUAGAGUCACAACGGGGUCGUGUAGAAACAAUGAAGAAUAUUGUUAUAAGAUGGUAACUCGGGGAUCAAGUUUAGGGAUCGAGGAGAGUUGUGGAAGACUUGUGGCAGAAGUGAAGAGAAAACAAUCGAGGAAUGGUUUGGAGUUAGGAGAUGAUGUUUUGACGAUGAUGGUUGAGUCACAAGUUGAUCACUGUUUCAUCAUCGGACUUAUUUUAACUCAUAGCCUUAUCAACUGUAAACUGUAAUAAAAAGUGAAAACCAUCACUAACUGAUGGUGUUUUUGGGUUUAAAUUAUUAUUAGUUUUUAACUUUCACAAACUUUUGUCGUUGUUGCUAAUGAAAAUACAACUGAUGUAUGAUACUUGUAAGAUAUAAAAGUUUCAAUAAAGUGAGCGUAAGCUCUCUUUUACUCAUUUAAAUGUUUUUUUGUCACUAUUCAUUUAAAUGCUUAAAAGACUAGAAAGAUGGAGCCAAUUUUAAAUGUUAAAUGUUAAAUGUUAAGGGUAAUUGGCGAAGAAAGUUUAACGUGGCUGCUGAGAAAUUUCCAUAGAUAAUAUAAAGCGAAUUAAAGUAUGUGAUUAAUUAAGUAGCAGAACUACCAGCAAAAUCCCAAUUAUUAAAUUUUCUUUUGCAGGGCUCCCAUAUUAUAAAAACUUUGUGGGUGGGAUUUGAUUCGAUUCCCAGGAGAAGAUCUGUAUCGUUCAUUUCGUUAAAACACUAAAACGACGAUGCACCAUACCGAAACACAUCUUGAAGCUCCAAUCCACUAUUUUAUAUGUGCAAUACAUUUGUCGUCUAGAAGACUAUAACAUGUAAUUAAUGGAAAUGUGUAACAUGUUAUGUUUUUCCAUAAACAAGAAAAGGUAAAAAUUUAAUAUGUUUUUUUGUCAUUUCAAAAAUAAAGACGAAGAUGGGGUGAUUGGUUAGGCUGUAGGAAGUGACUUUAGCUUUAAUUUCAUCUGCAAUCCUAAAUACUACCAAUGAUGCUUUAUUUUAGUUUUUAAAGUUACAACCAAAAAACUAAAGCUAUAGCAAAAAUAUACAAAAAAUUGUUGUAAAAAUUUUAUUUUCUAAAACUCCAUCUUUUAGCUGUAGGAAAUUUUAAAGUUACAUCCCUUAAAGUUAAAUCAGAAAAUUCUACAAACUAAAUUCUAAGAUAAAUUUUUUACAGUUACAGCCUAACCAAUCACCCCCGGUGUUACAAUAAGUUAUUGACAAACUGUAAAAUCUAAAAUAAUUAGUUCCAUGGUAAAAAAAAGAUAAAAAAACAUGAGAGCAGAAAACAAUCUGUUAAACUUAUUGUAAGCAUCUGUAGAGAGUGAUGUAUGAUAGGAUUUCAACUUGUAAGCAUCUGUAGAGAGUGAUUGUGAUAAACGAGCAAAUCUCUAGCUAAGAGUAACACAGAAAAGCAGCAUGGAAAAGAGGUGCUAGACCGCAAAGAAGGCAAAACGAAGUUGUUUCAUCCGACAAAAUUUUGAUAUCAUUAUACAACUUAUAUCCAAAAAUGUUCAUAUAUUCUGUGUUCGUAAAUAAGAAAUGCAUUUUUUAAAAAGAAGGGACAAGCAGAAUGAUGUUUUUUCAUAAACGUGAAUGCACACCCAAAUCAAACUCAAGUCAAAGAGGGAAAAGCAGAGGGAUGUUUUCUUGUAGCGCUAUAACAGGAGCAAUAGCUAACGGUGUCUCGUUAAAAAAAUUCAUCAAAUUAUACUCUGGGAGGAGACUAGGAGAGUAUGUGUUAGAGAAUUUGACAUAUAUAGAGAUGAGAGAAUUGGACACAAUGAGAUCACGAUCAGCGCCUAAGUUGAGACAAAGGCAAUGAAACUAUUAACUAUCAGCUAAGUACGAAAGCCGCAUGUUAAAAGGAGAAAGCUUUUAUGACAUAAAUAAUCGCUGUGAAGCCAUUAGUGCCUAUAAAGUAUGAAUCUUUUGUGUGUAUAGUCUCAGUGAUUCAUCUUGGAGUUGUUCCGACACCAAUUACUUCAGCUUAUUGCCGAGCUCCUAGUUUAAGCGGGCAGAGAAAGAUCUUGCUAUUAUAUGACGGUUAAUCUCAUACGAUACAAAAUAUCAUUAUUGCUAAUUAAUUAAUUAUCGAAUGUAAUAACGGCUUUGAUAUAUAUCUAGUAUGCAAGGCGCUUGACUUUGAGUGUGUAUGUUUUUGAGUAAAUAUUUUUCAUUUGUGAUGUGGGCAUCUAAAUGAGGCUUGUGAAGCUUAAAGCUCCAAGCCCAUCCACUUUCACUUCAUGAUAUUUGUUUUUACUUAUAAGCGAGUUGAUGGACAAUAUAUUAUCACUUCAUUAUUCGUUUGACCACUCAGGUUGCUGAGUUCGCAAUUUGUCUGUAGCAUACAAAUGAAUAAAUAAUCAAUGCAAUUCUUUUUCCUUUUCGUUUGUAUUUUAACUCUACUAUACGUGUGUGUAGUUCACGUGUGUUGGUGUGUGUAGUUCACCGCUAGUAGUGGCAGACACCAAGAUUUUGUGUCAAACAAAGACCUAGAUUUGAGAUUGAAAUAUUCGACUGGGGGCUUUCUGGAUUCUUUUACAGCCAUCUGAAAUAAAUGCCGAUCACCGCAUACCAGCCAAAAAGAUCAAAACAGUUUCAUUACUUUCUUCUAGAAAAUAUAGAACAAAAAUGUGCAUUUUAAUAUAUUUUUUAUUCAAAACAAUUAUUUGAGUGCGUAUAGUUCAUUUAAUAAUGCAACAAAAAUGAUGGCAGGAACGGGUGCUUUCAGAAGUUACAUCAUCUUCUGUUUCUUGAGAUCAGCUAUUACAUGAGCUUUGUCUCGAUCGAGCCAAAAGAAAAUGGUCCUACCUCCUUUUGCAUUCCUAACUUUAUAUCAUAUCUUGGCUUAACUUUAUUUUUGUACAUAUUGAUUACGUGUAUUAAUUCCCUAAUAUUAUUUCGAGGAAACAUAAUCGAUCAAAAGAAGUAAGUUGCUGUUAAGAAAUGAUAAGAGGCACUAGGUAAUAUCAAUUAGGAUACUUAAUACGAAAUUAACAAACAAUAGACAACAGAUUAUAAUUUUUACAGUAAGUUUAACUACGAAGAUGUGCGUAAGUGUGUGGUACAAGGAGGGACCCGGACAACGCAGACCUUGUCAAUUUGUUCAUCAACUUGUCUUUCUUUUAUAUCUUCCCAAGUCUCAAUAAGCUUCCUGUCACACAAACGCACAUAUAUAUGAUGAAUUGAUGAUCUCUAAAA